AUGGCUAUAAGCAAGUCACUCCUAGCUACUAUUUCUCUUCUGAUUUUCUUUACUUUUGUGGUGGAAAGUAGGAUUGAAAGAAAGACUUUAGGUUUGGGUCUUGGACAGGGUCUGGGUUUGGGUCUUGGGGUUGGAGAUGAUGGUGUUUCAGCUUCAGGCUCUGGAUCAACAUCUGGGUCUCUGACUUUGCCUAUUGUUGGUUCUAUUUCUCGUUCUGAAUCUAGGUCGGGAUCUGUUUCUGCUUCUGGUUCUGGUAUUGGUGUAGGAUCUGGUUCAGGUUCAGGUUAUGGAAGAGGGAACUGA